AUGAUCCAAAUAGACAUGCAUGCACCAUCACCUGCCCCUCAACCUCUUCUCUCGCUCUCACAACCAAACUCCAUCUACACCUAUCCCUACCCCCGUCUUCUCCUACCGCUCGUUCCACCCACCACUAAGCCCAGCCUCCAGCCUCCAUUCUCAUCGUUUUGCUUGAUCGUUCCAUCAUGCCCAGUAGCGCAGAAAGCCAAUCCAUUAGACUUGAAGUUAUCAGUGGACAGAAUCUUCAAGUCCCUUCCACUCGCAUGUCCGCUGGUAUUUACAUAUCCAUCAAUGUCGAUUCGAAGAGACGCUGGAAAUCAGCCAUUAGAGUCUUGUCAUCCGACGAAUCCGUAGCGUGGGGAGAUUCCGUGACCCUAUCAUCACACGAGUCUCCUGCAUUAUCAAUGGAGAUUAGAGCUUCAUUUGAGCUCGAUCGAACGCUGGGCAGUGGUGAAAUCAUCGGAAGACUUCAAACAUCGUGGAAUGAGUUGCUCGAUCAUGGAGAUGAACCAUUCAAACUGUCCUUCCCACCCGUUCGUGGUGUCAAUCCUUCGCUCACGCUGAAGGCCUCUGUUGUACAUGCUAGUGAUAAUCAGGACGGCGCACUACUACUUGACUCCCUCGUAGACGGCAAUAUUGCUCUAGAAACAGAUGCGGGCCAUGUACGAUUCUCCAGAUACAUGAGACGCGGCAGGGUCUCUCACCUGAACGGUGCUGUGGAGCGUUUUCAGUCGGUUCUUGACCGCUGUCCGGUCGGCCAUCCUGACCACGCAGCAGCUCUCACCAACCUCGCGUGGGCCCACCUUCAAGGCUAUAUUCGAAACGAUCUGCAAGACAUUGAUACCACCACUUCCCUCUUCCGCGAAGCCCUUGCAUUGCGUCCGCAGGGCCAUCCCAACCACACAGUAUCUCUCUAUCAUCUCAUUUUCGCAUUGAACUGGCGCUACAGCAAGGAGCGCACCGCCGUAUUCAUUCACGAAUCCCUGCAGCUGUGCUGCAAGCUACUGCCGCUCUGUCCAGAGGGCACCUACCUUCGUAGCAUCCGCGUAGACGGUGCACUGAAUUAUGUGAUCAGCGAAUGCAACAAUCUUCCGAUUGAUGCAUCUAAUGAAGGCAUCCACCUUCGACGAGUCGUUCUCGAGCUCUGUCCUCUGGGCCAGAAAUGCCGUCCCAGCGCCCUCGACCAGCUUGCACAGGCAGUUGAGGUACGCUUUGACCAGCGUGGCAACAUUGAUGAUCUAGAAGAGAGCAUACAACUUGGUCGUGAAGCUGUUUCCCUGUGCCCCAAGGGACAUUCUGAUCGCGGUGACUACCUGAAUAACUUGGCCUCCUCACUCGAAUCCCGCUUUGAUCACCAAAGCAAAUCCCAUGACCUUGACGAGGCUAUCUCCAUGCACGAAGAAGCGCUGCGUCUGCGUCCUGUUGGGCACGAACAACGUGAUUUCUCAUUGGGCAACCUAGGGGGCGCCCUCCACACCCGUUUCAACGAGCGCAGUGACAUUGAUGACAUCAACCGAGCUGUCAGCCUCUGUCGCGAGGCACUGACCUCGCGCCCACCUGGGCAUCCACGUCGUGACACCACGCUUAACAACCUUGCCCUCGUGCUCAAAACCAGAUAUGACAAAUGGCAUAUCAUCGAGGAUCUUAACGAGGCCAUUGAUCUGUAUCGCGAAUCUCUUCUGUUAAAGCGGCUUGAUCAUCCAGGGCGCCCUGCAACUCUUGACAUUUUGAGCUCGGCGCUCUGCUCUCGAUUCACGCAAACUCGGGAGAAUGAAGAUGUUGAAGAGGCUAUUCGACUCUGCCAAGAGUCAUUAGCGGCUUUGCCACUACUCCACCCUGACAGGCACUACUCAUACUUCAGCAUACGUGUGGCAUAUAUAUCUCGUUACCAGGUUCAGCACAAGCCUGCUGAUCUGUCACUCGCAAUGGAGAACUUCCGGCUGGCAUCACGACACCCUACUCAAGGAUUUCCGAACCGUCUCGUUGAUGCAUUUAAUUGGACUGUCAAAGCGGAGCAGCAUGUUGAUGGAUCCGCACUUGAGGCCUACUCAACAUUUUUUGAGCUUCUGGAUGCUCAUUUGGGAACACGAUCAUCAACCACUUCGCGGCGCGAGGCUGCCGCUGCCUUCCACUAUGCCAGAUCACUACCUGUAGAUGCAGCAUCAUGUGCCAUCCGCAGUGACAAUCUCCGACGCGCGGUCGAACUUGCGGAGCAGGGCCGUGGCCAGCAAUGGUCAUUGGCCUCUCGACUCAAAACUCCAGUUGAAGACCUCGAAUCAAGACAUCCACAUCUAGCCCGCAAAUUUUCGGAACUGAGCAAGCGCGUUUCCGACGCCGCUCAGGGUUCUGCAACCAUCACCGACAGAACUGCAGCUGAAGUAGCGGAAACAAAGUACAGGAAAAUUACGACGCAAUGGGAAGCCGCAGUAGCUGAAAUCCGUAAUCUCCAGGCGUUCUCGCGGUUCCUGCUCCCACCUUUGUAUGAAGACUUGCAAGCAGCAGCGUGCCAUGGCCCAGUCAUCAUCCUUGUUGCAAGCAAAUACUUAUGCAGCGCCAUUGUUGUCCCGACAUCUGGACAGCCUCAUCACGUUCGCUUCCCGCGCAUCACUUUCGCAGAUCUGGAGAAGCUCAAGGACGACUUCGCUACAGCAAUCCGGCACGCGGCUCGUAUGCACCCAGCGGAACCAAGGAAGAAGCUGCGAGUACGCUUGCGGAUAUUAUGGGACGAGAUCAUGCUACCCAUCGUAAACGUCCUCCAGCAUGACCUAAAAUUGCAGCAUCGGUCUCGAAUAUGGCUGUGUCCAACGGCAGCCUUUACGUCCAUCCCUCUCCAUGCAGCUAAUCCCUUCCGAAUGAACGCAGAUCGCUCUGGAAGCGAGCCAUGCUUGGAGGAUCUCUACAUCUGCUCUUAUACACCCACACUUUCAGCUCUUAUUAGAGCUCGGCAGGCGAUGAAGACGCGCGUGACUCCGUCCUUCGCGGCGAUUGGACAAAGUCAACCGGGCGCAGGGCAAGGUGACGUGCUCCCGGCUGUUGAUAGUGAGCUUGAGCUUGUCCAUACACUCGUUCCUCCCAACAUCAAGUUCACUAAUCUUUCGAAAGACGAAGCCACACAAGCAGGUGCGCUCAAUGCUUUGCAGUGCAACAGCUGGGUGCACCUCGCUUGUCACGGGAAGCAAGACCUUGAGCAGCCUUAUAAUUCAUGUUUUGCCAUGAGAGACAAACCUGUUACACUGCUCGACAUCAUGGAGAACAAUUCUCCACAAGUUGAAUUUGCAUUCUUGUCAGCAUGUCAUACCGCCGUCGGCGAUGAGGAGACACCCGACGAAGCCAUCCACCUCGCAGCAGGACUCCAGUUUUCGGGGUUCAAGAGCGUCGUUGGCACGCUGUGGGGGGUCAGUGACGCUCUCGCAAAAUACGUCGUGGAAGCUUUUUACGAGAAGAUGUUCGAAGACCUAGAGGACGGUGUCAUAGACUGUACGAAGGCGGCCUGGGCACUCAAUCGUGCUACAAACGCCGUGAUGACAAAAGUGCCGCUCGAGCAGAGAAUGGUUUUCAUACAUAUUGGUGUGUAGUUCUAUGUGAUAUUGCUGUCGUCUGGUACAUGUUCACAAGUUGUUUAUCUGCGAUCCUUUUUCGUCCUGCUUUUUGUAGUCAUGACCCUGAUACUCUUGCGCUCCCGUUAUCUCGUUUUUGUAUCCUCUUUCGUGUUAUUGUUCUGUACGGCGUAGAAUAUUCACCCGAGUUUUUGUGUACCC